AGUGGUACAGGCAAGAAGGGAGGAAGGAGGGAGGAGGGUGAGGAAGGCGUGGCCGAGUCAAACAUCUGUCCAUUUCCACCAAUUCUCCCUCCAAAAUCAGAUGGUAGGCGGGCGGUGGCGCUGCUGCUGGUGGCGGUGGUCGUCGUCGUCGUAAGCGUAGGAGGUUGGGAUUUGGAAGGAAGGGACAAGGGUGAGAAGCGGCACGUCGCCUGCCAUUUCCGCUCCUCCUCGGACCGGAGAUGGCGUCGGAAAUCGUCGAGGUCGUGACGGAGGGAGGCGAGCAAUCGGCUGCCAAUGCCGGCGAUGAGUCCCUUAAGAACGAUGUUUACACUGCUGCGGCCUACGGCGAUCUGGAGAAGUUGCAGAGACUCGUCGAGGUUGAAGGCUGUUCCGUCUCGGAGCCUGAUGGGCUCGGCUACUACGCGUUGCAAUGGGCGGCACUCAACAACCGCAGCGCCGCCGCUCGAUACAUACUCGAGCACGGAGGAGACGUGAACGCCGCGGACCACACGGGGCAGACGGCGCUCCACUGGAGCGCGGUACGCGGGGCGAUUCAGGUCGCGGAGAUCUUACUUCAGGAAGGGGCUCGCCUCAACGCGGCGGACAUGAACGGUUAUCAGACGGUGCAUGUUGCAGCACAGUAUGGGCAGACAGCUUUCUUGUAUCACAUUGUUAUGAAAUGGAAUGCUGAUAGUGAUACCCCUGAUAAUGAUGGAAGGAGUCCACUGCAUUGGGCUGCUUAUAAAGGCUUUGCUGAUUGCGUUCGACUGCUUUUAUUUUUAGAUGCUUUUCGGGGAAGACAAGAUAAGGAAGGAUGUACUCCACUUCACUGGGCUGCUAUUAGGGGAAAUCUAGAGGCAUGCACAGUCUUAGUGCAAGCAAGUAGGGGGGAGGACUUGAUGGUGACAGAUAAUACCGGCUUCACCCCAGCACAACUUGCAUCAGAAAAGGGUCAUCUGCAAGUCGCUUUUUUCCUUUCAAAUGCUAAAAGGGUGUUUGACAAACGGUGUGAUGGGAACAGCCGCCUUGGGAAAAUUAAGAGAUUAGGUCUAGCACCUAUUCUUUGGUGUAUAAUCAUAGUUCUUCUUGUCACAUACAUCCACUCUGUUAUUGCAACAACAUCCCUUUUGAAGUUAACAGCUGUGAUUGGACUUUUUGCCUGGCUUGGUGUUUUCUUUGCCACUGCUGGCCUUGUAAUGUUUUACAGAUGUAGCAGAAAGGAUCCUGGUUACAUAAGGACAAAUGCACGUGGUCCCGGAAACCUUAAAGAUGUUGAUGAGCCAUUAUUGAAAACAGAACUAAAUCAUCCUGCAUUACUUGCCGGAAAUUGGUCACAGCUCUGCUCCACUUGCAAGAUAGUCAGACCUCUGCGAUCAAAGCAUUGCACCACAUGCGACCGUUGUGUUCAACAGUUUGAUCAUCAUUGUCCUUGGGUAUCAAAUUGCAUUGGCAAGAGAAACAAAUGGGAUUUCUUAAUGUUUCUUAUUCUGGAAACUAUUGCCAUGCUGGUAACUGGUGUUAUAACUUCAAUAAGAAUCUUUUCUGAUCCAUUUUCUCCAUCUUCAUUUGGAGCAUGGAUGAGCCAUGCUGGGACCCACCAUCUUGGGGCAAUAUCAUUUCUGAUCGCAGAUGUGUUUCUUUUUUUUGGUGUUGCAGUUUUGACCAUUGUUCAGAUUUCUCAGAUCUCUCGCAACAUCACUACGAAUGAAAUGGCAAAUGCCAUGCGCUACAGCUAUCUGCGAGGGCCAGGAGGCAGAUUCAGAAACCCAUACGACCAUGGUGUGUGGAAGAACUGUUCUGACUUCCUGAUAAACGGAUACAAUGAAGAUGUGGAGCGUCUAGAAUGGCCUAGCCAUUCUGAAGGCCCUAGCGUGAUUCAAAUGGCCAAAAAUCCUGUAACUAGAGGUUCUGAAAAUGGUUCGCAGAAAGGAAAUGCCAACGGACACGUAUGUGUGGAUGUGGAAUCCAGGAAGUCAAGAGUUCAUGGGCACGCACACUCGUCUCAUUGCAAAGACAACCAUGAGAAGACGGAGUCAGUCCCUCUUGGUCUAGGUCUUGGUUUGGGAAGAAGUGGCAUUUCUCAUCAAAAUGGUCGUGCUGUUGUAGCUUCAUGAUUUGCUGGCUGGCAGUGAAGUUAAGGGUUAUGAGGCAAGAUAGCUUUAACGUGUGCUGGGAGCGAUUGCGGCUGUGCCAUUUGUUUCACCAUAGUCUCUGUAUUAGUUAUUCUUACCUGUGAAAUGAAAAAGGAGUGGUUGUAGGUCCGGGGCAGUCAUCUUUGGAAUUAUUGUUAGAUCCACAGGGCUCGCUGUACCAUGAGUGAGACUGGAUUACCCAAAUGAAAAAAUCAUGAAUGUCUUGUUACGGGUUCCACUUGUUCCUAAUCAUAUUCUUCCUUUGCACGUCA